GCGCCUCGGCAGCCAAUAGACGCGCUCGCUGAUGCACACGUGAUGUUAUUUUUACGUAACUCGCGGACAAAACCACUGUAUGUUCAGGACCGCGAGUUAAUACGUUCUUCUGUACCGAGAACUGUAAUAGGAAUGCUUUGACAUUUUUAUUUAUUUAUUAUUUUGGCGGGGCGUAUCUGUGAAUGUCACUCGCGAGCAUGUCGUUGCGAAGACUAGACCAAGAAUAUGCUUUGGAGGAAAGGGGAAGGUUUUUUAUAGCACCAGAAACAGAAGGCGUCUGGGACGAGGAAGACCAUGUUGAUCACCGUCAACUAGUUUUAUCGAAAGCUGAUGCUUUAGCGUCGGAAAAUCGUCUCAAAGAGGCUGUCGAUAUGUUUUCUAUGGCUCUCCGGUGUGGCCCAGUCCGGCCGGACCAGCUGAGCAGUUUAGUCGGAUGCGUUCUGCGUAACUUCAAGAAGAAAUCAGAAGAGUCCUCAGCGAAAAGUGAGCCAAACUGGACACAGGAUUGUGAAUUUGACUGCCCUGGCUGCCAUAGUUUCUUAGCCGAGCCCGUGACGGUGAUAUGUGGACAUACGUAUUGUAAGAGAUGUAUACAGCAUGGCACUCUUUCCAAAUGCAAACUAUGCAGUGAAGACAUUAGGAGGAGGCCUGGGGAUCCCCGAGUGAAUGUGAUCCUUUCUGGACUUUUAGAAAAGUGGUUCCCUGAAGACGUGAAAAUAGCUAAAUGUAUAGGGGAAGCUGAAAGCCUGUUGAAAACUAAACACUACGACGAUGCUAUUGCACUAACGAGUCAUUUAUUAGAAUCUGACUCUAUUAAUGUGUGGGUGCGGGUGUGCCAUGCCGAGGCUCACAGAGGACUGAAGCAGUACCGUCAGGCUUUAGAAAACUGGGAGUCCUGCCUGAUUGCUUCCCCAUCCCCAGAGGGAUACUUCCGGAAAGCAAAAAUUCUCCAAGAGAUGGGUCAUGUAGAUGACUCUCUGCAGGUCUUCCUUCAGUGUUUGGCAUUGGAUGAAAACUUCCAUCAGGCCAAACAAGAGGUGGAAUUGAUCUUGCAUGACCUGUUGGCUCCGGCCUGCGAUAAUGUCAAGGUUGGUUUGAGAGAGACAACCCACAACACUUCAUCACACUUGCGCAGUAAAACCCUUGUGUCGGAGGGCAAGGAUCGAGACCAGCAGACCCAGUUGCAAGCCCAGCACCAGUCAGACACACAGGCAGCUUCUCCCCAGCAGCCCCCUACAACCUCAGAGAAACCAGGUCGGUGUGAAAGUCUGGAGCGCUCCGGCCUGAGCAGAGCUCACUCCCUUCGUGUUCACGGGAUAGCAGGAGGUGUAGAGGAAGGGCUUAAAAGAGUCAGCUCCGCCCCACAAUUGGGUGACCCAGAUAAAGGCAUGCUGCUAAAGAGGAAGCUUUCUGUGUCUGAAGCAGGGCCUGGUGUGGCUUACAGCCACAGGAGUAAAUAUAAGAAGCAAGUAGCGACUGCCAGUGCAGCUCCUCCUGUUGUUACUGAGGAAACCAAGUCUCAUCGAACCCUGCCAAAAGACCUGCUGGACCCAAAUGACUUUGAAUGCUCUCUCUGUAUGAGAUUAUUUUAUCAGCCUGUCACGACAACCUGUGGCCACACAUUCUGCAAAAACUGUCUGGAGCGCUGUCUAGACCACAAUCCCCAGUGCCCUCUCUGCAAAGAAAGCCUAAAAGAGUAUCUUGCCUUCAGAAAGUACACAAUCACACAAGUGCUGGAUAACAUCAUUAAACAGUAUCUAUCCAAGGAACAUUCAGAAAGACUGAAGCUGCAUACAGAGGAAACAAAAGAGCUCUCAGAUUUAACAAAGAAUGUGCCCAUCUUUGUUUGUACCAUGGCCUACCCCACUGUGCCUUGCCCCCUUCAUGUGUUUGAGCCACGAUACCGUCUCAUGAUCCGACGCUGCAUGGAAACCGGGACACGUCAGUUUGGCAUGUGCAUCAGCGACCCCCAGAAAGGGUUUGUGGACUACGGCUGCAUGCUCCAGAUCCGCAGUGUGCAUUUCCUCCCAGAUGGGCGGUCUGUUGUUGAUACAAUCGGAGGAAAGAGGUUUCGCGUCCUCUCACGUGGAAUGAGAGAUGGAUACUGUAUCGCCACCAUCGAGUAUCUGGAGGAUAUGAAAGUAAAUGAUGAUGAGGAUUUGGAGAAGCUACAAGUGUUACAUGAUCAGGUGUAUGACCAGGCUCGUAAAUGGUUCCAGAACCUGGAAAAUCGCUUCCGGAACCAGAUCCUGCAGCAUUUUGGGCCCAUGCCAGAGAGAGAAGCUGACAUCCAGGCAACACCUAAUGGUCCAGCAUGCUGUUGGUGGCUGCUAGCUGUUCUACCUGUGGAUCCACGUUACCAGCUGUCUGUUCUUUCCAUGACAACACUAAAAGAGCGACUAGUCAAGAUCCAGCACAUCCUCACCUACCUGCAGAAACUGUCCAGCGACUAGAGCUUCCAACACAGAACUCUGUUUCCAGCAGCUAAUGUCUGUGUCCUUCUGCUGGCCAACAUGCAAACACUCUACGGUGCUGACUGAUGAAGAACUAAUGAGAAUUCAAGGAGACUGCACUCAAAGCCCGACACAGAUUUCUGUCUGUGGGCUUAGAUGUAAUUCAUGCCGAGAGAGUUAGAACAAAGUGUUUUGCUGUUUCAUCUCUUCAUCACCAUCUGAUUUUUCUUUGUCUGGAUACUUAUUGCUGAAUAGCCUGUCCAUUCUCAUAUAGGAGAAACAAUCUACUUAACCUCACAUUUCCGUCUAAUGCCCGUAGCCUCCAUACAGUGCUUUGAGGGCAGAAAUAUCGCUUGGAAGAAUUUCAAUAUUUUCAACAUAUUCUCGCCAUGCUUUGUGUGUUGAAGUGACAGGAAGCAUCUGCAAAAACUACAUCUUCAAAGUAGAUUUUUGGGCACCAAGGUAGAAGGCAAGACCGUUUUGAAUAUCUUUUUUUUUUCUCUUAAUAUUCUGGAAAAACAAUAGCAGAAAUAUCGCUUUCGCACAAGAAGUCAUUGUCGCACAACAGCUGAGUUGCCUAAGACAGAGAAAACUCUGCCGAUGCACCUAUAUAAAUUUUUGUUACUUUUGCUGUAACAGACGUUAAUGAAGCUUGCACUGUCCUGUCCUGUCAUAGAUUUAUUUCUGCCAGGGAAAUAAUUAGGACUUCCAAAUAUCUCAAUUUUUUCAUUUCAGACGUAUCAUUCGUUUGCUGUGGGUUAGUCAAAACAGCAAAAUCAGCGUGUGACCAUAUUGCAAGUGUCUCUGUUAGUUAUAAGCUGCUCUUUGUCAAAUUCUUUAGACGUCAUUUUUAAGAAUGAUGCUGAGAUAUUAAUGUAUUUUAUUUGUGUAAACAAAGGGAAACUUGCAAUAUUUUGACAGAUGUAGUCAAGUAAGGAAACAGACUAUUGUUGGCUGCAACAGCACCAUACUGAAAGAAGACCCAGCAAGCAUUCUGCAUCUUGACAGUUAUGAAUGCUCACUCGCUAGCUCAUACCUGUGUGGUGCUUGUUGUGUGCAGACUAACUUUUGCCUUAUAAUACCUUGUUGCGUUCUGCUCCUACAGUAUAAUGCAUCGGCUUGGGUUUUUGCAUUCCUGUUGACUGAGAAUUAAUUCUGUGGUUUAAUUUACUCAAUUUGCCUCUUGGCCAAAAAAAGUGUGAAAAAUGUGUUCGAUAAUGGCUUUGUUGUAUGUAAAUCAUUUUGUUUUGAAAAAUGUUGUUUUUUUACAGCUCCGCUCAAAUAUUGAAGUUGUCAAUUUUCAAAUAAAAUGCACAUCUUUUGAAUUGUA